UGAGGAUUUACUGGAAUUAAUCGCUGGAAUGCAAAGCAAACGAAUGGAUGAGCAAAGAAUGACGUUACCCUAACUACCAGGGCUGAAUACCAAUCAAGACUCGGAUGAUUCCUUUAUCGAGAUGCUUGUCAGAUGCCAGAGUUCGCGUCUAGAAGACCAACGAAGUUCUUUACCGGCUGCAUCAACGUUGCAAAACGCCGAGGAGGAAAGAGGUCCAAGAGCCAAUGGAAAAACUCAAUCAGGGUCCACAGUGCCCGAAGAGGAUCUCUUCGCUCUAAUCCAAAGAUUUCAAGCUGGUCGGAUGGAGGAUCAAAGAGCUUCCGGACCUGGCAAGGCAUGCUAAACUCGCGAGAGCAGACGAUGACUUAAGUCCUCACGAAGUCCUUCCAUUUGCUGAAUUCUUUAAACUUAUGCAUCCUCGAUUACAUCGAUGCCUUCGUUUGUUCAUCACCGCGAUUCUACUUCCUUGAUUACUUAAUAGAGGUCUGAUAUUAUAUCUAAACGGUCUGGUUAUGAUUCGAGAAAGCAACUACUCAAAUUAUCUGGUUGUGAGAAUCAAACCGUGCCGGAUUGAUCAAAUUUACAAUUAGUAAAAGCAAGAAAUCCACGUGUCACGCAAAAAAUGAUCUCAGUAAGUAAAAUGUUAGCAGAAUGUUGACAGACUGGCAGCAGAUUUGAUUAGAAAUGUCAGCAGACUAACAUCAACUGCGAUCACAUUCUGU